AUGCUUAAAGGCUGCAGUAGCGGUGGGAUGCGUAAGCUGCCCGGGAAGCACAGCCUCCCUACUGAAGUAUUGUUUCCCUCUAUCCCGAUGCCUCAAGCAAGAGUGCGUCAUGGCAAGCGACCCACUUUUUGCGUUCUCUACUGUUGUGCUAUAGCAGCUGCCCUGAUGCUUCUCUGCGCGUCUGUGAACUACUUGGCCUUCUCAGGCGGUUUUGCUAAAAACUCGCGGCAAUUGUAUGCCACUGCCGAACCGACGGCCGAGUACGAUAUUAUCAAAAAAUUAAUGGACGACGCGGCGGCUCGUAGAUUACAGAGAUGGACGACCAGCCCACCAGCGACUGGACCAAGGGUAAUGGAGACAGAGACGCCGACAAGGACGAUCGACUCAACGAUGAGAAGCACUACUGAUACCCCCGAUGAUGAGUCCUCCUCUCCGUCACCCACGAUGCCAGAAACGGUUAAAACAAGCGGCAUGCACUCACCGACGCCAACCUACCACAGUACUGACGAAAGCAAAAACUCAGCGCGGUUAGGUCUGAUAAACGUGUCUGAAGACACACCGCUCAUACCGACGAUCACAGCAGGUGAACAGACCCAACAGCCAAACAUUUACAAGAGUAAUUUUCUGCAUCCCCAACACAACGGCGAGUACCUGCCAGAGGAGGCGCAACGGCUGCCUGGGCUGCAGAUCCAGCGGCGCACCUUCACCCCGGCGGAGCUGCUUGCACGCUUCGGCGACACGGACAUCGUGUACAGCUUCGUUAACGGCAGCGAGGUCAACCAUGAGUAUCGAAAGGCGAUGGUGAAGUACUGCAUAGACACGGUUCUGCUUGCGGAGAACGCUUCAUAUGUAAUGGGGUCUACGCUCCUGGUUCCCACCCCUGACCCUGCCGAGCUACCGUCGAGGGCUACUGCCAGUACACAGGGGACCCGCUCCCACCCUCUGUUGGGGUCCGACCAUUGCACCCGAGCGUUUUUCAAAGGUGGGCUCGAUCGUAUCCAUACAGUGCGUGACUUCCUCCGCGCUGCCGAAGCUGCUGCCCGCAGCGGUGUCGACAACCGUGAUCGCGAGACGGACGAGCUGCGGCACAGCCUGCGCAGCCUGGAGCAGCACGUGCGGUGGCACCGCGGCCGCGUGGUGGUGGUGUCGCCCGGGCACCACCCGACGUGGGUGGACGGCGCGAAGAACUUCCUUGCCGGGCUGUGCGGCGACGCGCGCGUGCAGGCGCUGCGGUCGAGCGGGACGCACCUGCGCGUGACGACGGUGCACCAGGACGCUGUGAUGCCGUACGGGAUGCGGCUGACGGUGGACUCGCACGUGAUCGAGCAGCACCUGUGGCGCGUGCGCAACAUGACGGCCGUGCACGUGUACAUGAACGACGACUACUUUGUGAACCGCGACGUCGCGAUCACGGACCUCUUCAACGAGUACGGCGGCACGAUCGUGCGGACGGAGAACGGUGUCAUUCCCGCCGGCGCUGUCGCCGAUCAUAGUGCCUCGUGGGCGAAGGGCGUGCGCCACACCCAGCAGUUCAACAUACGCGAGCUGGACGUUCUGCACGAGGACUACCUGCCGGAGGCUCUCGCCACCAUGUGGGACAGGCUGAGGCGCGUGCACAGGGGUGGCCAUGCCGGUGCGGAGGCGCUCAUUUCCGUGCCGCCCCUUGACGAGGCGGUCGAUGUGGCGCACCAAUACGAACCGGAUCCGCUUCCCGUGACGCCCCUCUUACCACGCCGGCUGCGCCGCUACGCCACCCACGCGCCGUUCGUGUACUGCACGAACAUGUUUCGCUUCUUCGAGACCCGCUACGAGCGCGAGUUUGCCGCGACCGCGCUUCGCCACCGCAGUCGCAAGGCUCGCGACUUGUUUGUCCCAUUUCUGUACAACGCCUUCAUCAUGGCGCGGCCAUGGCAGGCGUCGCCGAGGUUCCUGCCGUACCUGCUGGAGCUGCACCGGAGCCGACGGGAGGCGCGCACGGACGCGAUGCCGCCGACGCAGAUCGUGCUGGACAACUUCGACGGCUGCGGCCCGGCAUCGCUGCGCGGUGGCUCUGUGGCCUCCGAGUGCAUGUUUGGCAAGUUUGUGGAUAACGUCACUGCGAAUGAGGCGGUGAUGGAGCGCGUGCGGCAGACUAACCCGCUGUACUUCAACAUCAACGCCGGGUUCAGCACGGCGGAGGCCGCGGCCCAGCUGCGCAGCUUCCUGCACGGCAAGUUUCCGACCCCUGUCUACCUGGAGAUGGGUGGAGCCCCGACCGCGGGCGAGGACGUCGCGUACGGCGCGGAGGAGGGAGCGCUGUCGAGGCUGUUUGGCGACCUGAUGGCGCUGCCGGUGGUGUGUGUGGUGUCGUACGAGGAGGGCGUGUGCCCGCUUGUGCGGAGCCUUGCGCUUGCGUUCGCGGGGCACCACCGCGGCGGCGUGCGGGUGAGCGUGGAGCAGCACGGCGGCGCGACGCUGCGUGAGACGCGUGCGGCGCUUGGGCACGGCGUGGUGAGCGCGAUGCCCGCGCCUGCGUGCACGUACGGCGAGCGUGUGCGCGUGGGGCCCGCGACGGGUGGUGAGGACAUAUCGGACAUUGCGCGGCGUGCCCUGGACGCGAUGAGCGGCGGCGUGGAGCUGCCGGUCAUCCCCCAACGCGGCGUGGCGUUGCUUUGCCACUCUACAGACGUGUCGCUCUCCCUCCCUCGUCUCCCUCUUCUAUUCAGCAGCUAG